AUGGCCAAAACAAGCGAAGUUGAUGGAGUUUGCGGUAGGGACGGCUAUGAUGCUGUUGUUGUGGGGUCCGGCUACGGUGGGUCUGUCGCAGCGUGCCGUAUGUCAAUGGCUGGCAUCAAGGUGUGUUUGAUCGAGAAAGGACGGAGGUGGGAAGCGCAGGACUUCCCGACAAACAGUUUUCAGAUCAUAUCGACGGUGAGGAUGGAAAACAGGAACUGGGGCAUCAGCUUCGGACCCAAGGAUGGUUUGUUUCAGAUCCAUGAGCAAGACGAUUCAUUAGCAGGAACGGUCUGUGGGCUCGGUGGAGGAUCGUUGGUGAAUGCUGGUGUGAUGGUAUCGACACCGGUCCGUGCCAGACGGGACCCGAAAUGGCCAAAGGAAUGGCAGCAUGACUGGGAAAUCUGUGAAAUAUCAGCAUUGGGAAUGCUGAGGCCACAGAGUAUUCCACUGGAAUUUGGCAAUUCUAGAGUCAUGAGAGGAAUAUCCGAUGAAAUCGAAGACUGCAGCAAGAAUUCGAUCAAGCUAAGUGUGAAUUUUGGCCAGGAGGUGGGGCCCAGUCCGAUGGGAUCACAGCCGUUGGAUAAAUGCUUAGCGUGUGGUAAUUGCAUGUCAGGAUGUCCUUACAAUGCCAAGAACUCAUUAGACAAGAACUACUUGGCGACGGCGAUUCAGGCUGGAUGUACAGUGAUAACAGAAUGUCAAGUUCAGUAUGUGGUGAAAAACCCAGAUGACGAUUUCCAAGAUGACAGUAGGAUCGGUGGAAAUCAACGGCGAAGAUGGCGAGUCUACUUGGAUGAUCUCGAAUAUGUAUACUGUGAUUUUGUGGUUCUUUCAGCCGGAGUUCUGGGGACGGCGCAGAUACUCUUCCAAUCAGAAAGGAGAGGUUUGAGGCUCUCAGAGAGGCUCGGUUUCGGAUUCAGCUGCAAUGGGAACAAUGUAGCCUACGUCGCCGGAAGCUCUGCACCGUUGAAUGCUUAUGGACUGAAUAAGAAGCAAUUCUCAACCAUUCCUUUCCAAGAUCGGCCCGGCCCAGUGAUCUCUUCAUCAUACACUUCUUCUCUGGGGUUCACAAUUCAGAGUGCAGUGCUUCCAACAUCAUAUCCUUACUUGCUAUUUAAGGGGAUCUCAACGUAUGGAUGGCCCACUUGUUACUGGUUCUUACACGGUGUGAUCGACAAGUUGAAGUAUAUGGUGGGCCUGAAAGCUAGCCAAGCAAUGGUGUUCAACUUAAUAGGGCAUGACACCAGUGAUGGGAGAAUUACAUUAGACAAAUCAACGGACAGGAUCUGUUUCACUCCUCCCCACGAUCCACUGCUUCCCUGGAAAAUCCAGGCACUUCAGAAGCUCACAAAGAGGAUAGGAGGGAUCUUGUUCAUGUCGAGGAACCGCAGCACUUCGGUGCACCUCUUAGGAGGGUGCAAUGUAGCAUCUGACCCUUCACAUGGAGUAUGCAAUCCAAGUGGUCAGGUUUUCGAUCCGAACGGUCCAUCCGAUACGGUCCACCCUGGACUAUACGUCUGUGAUGCCUCCUUGAUCCCUUGCUCAGUUGGAAUCAAUCCUUGCCUUACUAUUGCUACGGCCGCAGAACACGUUAGUAAGCACUUGGUGCAAGAUAUUCUGAAGUAUAAGAGCUUGAAUCAGAGUCCCAUUCAAUUUAGUGUCGCAGAACCAAUCAUUCCCAUUGAUUUACAUGAUUUGAAGUUCAGCGACAAAGUUGUGGAUUCGAUGCUAGUGGCAGGAACUGAUGGAAAAUCAGAUGUGCGGUUGAGAUCUUCAGAUGAAGUGUCCAUGUUGAGGAGGGAAGACAGUGCAGUCAUGUUUAGAGAGACCAUGAGAGGCUAUGUAGGGGGAAUGCCAUGUACAGCUUAUCUUGAAAUGAAGAUGAACUCAGGCGGUUCGAGUGGCUGUGAUGAAGGGAACACAGCAGCUGGUGGGCCACACUCGCUCCUGAGAGGAAAGGUUGGUGGGUAUGUCGUAUUUCCAGCCGUUGAGAAGGAUAAGCUAUAUAUUGUAGAUGGGAAGGUGGAUCUUUGCAGCAUAGACCGUCAAACUCCGUAUACGCAAUGCAUGCAGUACCGUCUGCUACUAGCGACGGCCUCCGGUUCAAGAUACAUCCUUGAGGGGAGGAAGAUCAUGAAUCCAUAUCUCCUGGCAUCUUAUGCUUGGAGAGAAUCUACGACGCUGCACGUCAGUUUCAAGAUGGUCCAUCAAACGGAUGGUCCUGAUAAGAGAAGGUGCGGCAGUUCAAGAACGGAACAAUUGAAUCUCACAGGGGAGCUUCAUUUAUCAAUGAUGGAUCUACUAAUGUGCUUGAUUAGCAUGAGAGGGAGCCAGAGAUGGAAGUUUCUAUACCUUUUUUUACAAAGCCUCUGUAGAACAUACAUCACUCAACGGCCGCGAUCGAUCCAUGAGGAAUUCAAACACUUAGACAUGAAUCAGAGAGCUUACCCUCCUUGCAUUCUUCAUGAGAUAACAACAGAUGAUGGAUUUGUUAUCAGCUGCAAGCAAUGGAAGUGUAAUCAGAAUGCUUGGAGAUCCGACGGUGAGAAGCCACUGCAUCCGGUUCUACUGAUCAAUGGCCAUUCUACUGAGAGUUACUGGCUACCAACUGAGUCAAGAGAUCUGGUUAGAACUUUAGUAGAAGAAGGAUAUGAGACAUGGCUACUUCAACCAAGGCUACACCCUCUGCACCUUUCGAAGGACUUCACCAUCGACGAUAUCGGAAAGUUCGACAUCCCCGCCGCGAUUGCUAAGAUGAGGGAGUUGCAUGGGCCAUCUGUGAAAGUUCAUGUGAUUGCACACUGCGUGGGAGGAUUAUCAAUUCAUAUAGCACUCAUGGGAGGCCAUGUCUCUGCAACCCAAAUAGCAUCUCUCUCUUGCACUAACUCUUCCAUGUUCUUCAAGCUCACUACUUCAUCAUUAGUUAAGAUGAGGCUUCCACUCAUUCCUAUCUCCAUGGCGAUACUAGGCAAGAACCGAGUCCUAUCGAUGUUUGCCAACUCCAAGGACAACCUCCGGCACCGCCUCCUGAAAGCCAUAGCGAAGCUCAUACCGCGCUAUGAGCGGUGCACCUGCGACGAGUGUGAGGUCUUCUCGGGCAUCUUCGGCAACACGUUCUGGCACGAAAAUGUGAGCCCCACCAUGCACCAACUUCUCAAGGAAAGCCUACCGAUGCUGCCCAUGUCCGCCUUCCCCCACCUUAGGAAGAUAUGCCUGGCGGGCCACAUCAUCGACUCCAAUGGCUGCGAUGCUUAUCUGAUGCAUUCCGAGAGGAUGGCGGUCCCGACACUAUACGUCUCCGGUGGGCGGAACCUUUUGGUGACCCCACAAACCUCGUUUCUUGCUAAUCAAUACAUGAGGUUGCACCAACCUGGGUUCACUCAUAGAAGGGUGGUGGUGGAUGGUUUUGGACAUUCGGACCUUUGGAUUGGAGAAGAGUCCUACAAGAGAGUGUUUCCACACAUCCUAUCACACAUGAAACUAGUGGAACAAGGAAGCAAUGGGGGUAAGAACAUGGAAGAGUCCAAGUUUAAUAAGGACUCCUUGUCAUGGGCUGACUCAAAUGAUGGGAAUGGAGGAUUUGGGCUUUGGGUUUGUUUGAUCUCUAUAUUGGUGUUUUUGUUGUUGAUUUUCUUGGGUUUUUACUAGUAAAUUGCAUUGUUUAUGGUUGCAUUUGUUUCUGUUGUUGUGAUAUUCUUUCAUAUGUUAUGAAAUCAAGUGUAAUAUAUAAGGCUGUAAUUUAUAGUGA